CUGGGCGAUAAGCUGCCGAUGCGCGGCGCCCCCUUGGACAGCCUUCAGAGGCCCUACGGCAUGAUGGCGAGGGUGUCCAGCGGUAACUACGGUGACAUGUCUGACCCCUCACACAUGUCCAUGCAGGGUCCAAGUAGCCGUGGCUUUGGUGGUCCUCCUUCCCCUCCUUCCUUCUCUUCUCCCCCUUCUCCUCCUUCCAACGGUGGCGGAUACUCCUACGGGGCCUCUCCUUCCUCUUCUCUUCCUCCUCCACCAUCUAACGGAGGCAGCUACACCUACAGCGCCCCUCCAUCUCUUCGUCCUUCUCUCCCUUCUCCGCCUUCGCUCUCUUCUAAUGGAGGACGCUACUCGUACGGCGCCCCGGACCUCCAGGCGGCUGUCUCCAGCUUCGAUGCCCCUGCAGCCGAGGACCCCGUCGCCGCCCUGGCUGCCAGUAUCCCCGGCGGAGGCGUCCCUGGCGAGGACUACCCCAUCCUGGCCUCCGUCCCCGACACCGGCUUCUCCUGCGAGGAACAGCAGUUCCCAGGCUACUAUGCUGACACCGCCCCCGAGGCCGGCUGCCAAGUGUUCCACAUCUGCCAGUUCGACGGCCGCCAGGACGCCUUUCUGUGCCCCAACGGCACCAUCUUCAACCAGCAGUACUUCGUGUGCGACUGGUGGUUCAACGUGGACUGCGCCGCGUCCGAACAGUUCCGAAGUCUCAAUGCUGACAUCGGCAAGAUCCCCGAAGAAAAUAACCUUAACAAUGCAUACGGCAGCCCUAGAAUGCAAUACGGUAUUCCUCAACAGCAGCAACGUCUUUCCUAGUCUCGUUCAAAACAG